GGGGGGCAGCGAGGGGACCGGUGGGCGUCUGAGCGCUCCGCUCCGCCGCCCCGACCCGUCCAGGGAGAAGGGGUCGCGUCCGUGCCUCCUCGCUCAGGCUUCCGCCCGCCGCCCGCCCGGGGACCCGAUGCGGCACACGCCGCGGGACAGACGGAAGCGCGCUGCGGACAGCCCCGCACAUGCCCCCGCGGUCGCCGUGCCCGGGCCUCGGCCGCACGUGAGGCAGCAGCACACCCCCUCAUCUUGGAUUAUUUCCAGCAUCAAGACCUCCACAUGUCAGCAGUAGGCUCCUGAGGUGUUCCAUCCUCCAUCAUCUCCCCUCAGAGAGGGCCUUUGGGAAACACACUCUAAAAGUGCAGAGGAAAAUAAGACAUAAAAAAGGCUAAGUAAACUCAGAGGAAUUGCCAAGACUCAGAUCUAAGGAUUCAGUUACCAAACAGGCAGGCCAGCCAUGAGAGGGUACCUGGUGGUUAUAUUCUUGAGUUCCAUCUUCCUCUAUUAUCUACUACAUUGUAUCCUGUGGAGAACAAAUGACUAUGGGGUCUCACCUCUGGAUUUAAUAAAGACGAAUAAAAGCAAUAUCCAGUAUUGUAAAAAAAAGCCACCUUUCAUCUCUCUCCUGAGGUUUCCUCGAUUUUACCCAUUUCUGUGUGCAGGUGAUUUUGAAAAGUCUACUUACGCGUACAGUAGCCGGAACUUUGCUUUGCCCUACGGCACAAAGAUAUCAGGAGGAUUUUUUCGUGCUGUCCUUUCACUACUGCCGAGUUGUGAUGUCUUUGAUGAGUUUGACAAAGUGCCCUGUAAAAAGUGUGUGGUGGUUGGAAAUGGAGGCGUGUUGAAGAACAAGACACUAGGUGCAAAGAUCGACUCGUAUGAUGUAAUAAUAAGGAUGAAUAAUGGUCCUGUUUUAGGACAUGAAGAGGAAGUUGGGAGAAGGACGACCUUCAGGCUUUUUUAUCCAGAGUCUGUCUUUUCAGAUCCUACUCAAAAUGAUCCCAAUACUACAGCUGUUCUCAUUGCUUUUAAGCCACAGGAUUUAAGGUGGCUGAUAGAAAUACUGACAGGUAGCAAAAUAGCCACUGAUGGUUUUUGGAAGCAACCAGCCUUGAACCUGAUCUAUAAUCGAUCUCAAAUCAGAAUAUUAGAUCCAUAUAUUACCAGAGAAGCAGCUUAUCACUUUCUUCAUUUUCCCAAAGUGUUUCCCAAAGAUCAGAAACCCAAACACCCCACGACAGGAAUUAUCGCCAUCACAAUGGCGUUUCACAUAUGCAGUGAAGUCCACCUCGCUGGUUUCAAGUACAACUUCCUCAGUCCAAACAGUCCUUUACACUACUAUGGAAAUGCCACCAUGGCUUUGAUGAAACAGAACGCUUAUCACAAUGUGGCUGCAGAACAGCUCUUUUUAACAAAUAUUAUAAAGAAGAAAAUGGUAAUCAACCUAACUCAAGAUUGACGAUAUAGAUUUCAAAAGAUGACGCUAAACAGUAUUAGUUUUUAUUUUUGUACUGCAAAUUUUAGUUUAUUUUUAAAUAUGUUGAACUUAUGAAAUAAUUAUGUAUAUUAAGUCUGUUGCUGCCUGGUGAUUUAUAACCACCAGCUUAAUUUCUAUGAAUGUAUUUAUGAAAAACAAAAAAACCUUUUAGUUAAGAUAUCAGGGAAACAUGUAAAGUUUUGAUUGUGUUUUUUAAAAAUCAAGCUGGUGUCUUGAGUUGUUUUAAAAUACCCCUUUGUAGUUCGCUUAUGUGAAGAGCUCUCGGAUAUUUAGUUGACUUCACUAGUUCUGAUAGUCAUGUGUCACUUUGAGAUACGUAUUAAGAUUGGUUGUUCCUGGGCACGUGACUGGGAACCAGGUGCAGAAAACUGAAACUGACUGGUUGUGGAAGUCCAUGGUACUCAUGGUGGUUUAGUUAAGUGCCCCCUGCAAUUGAUGAAAGCAGCAAUUUGCUGUGUUAGGGAGUAAACCAGAGCCUUGUACAAGUUAGGAAAGUACUCUUCGCACCGAUGAGCAUCUUAAGAUUUUGCUUUUUGGGGAGAUAGGUUCUUCCUAUGUAGCCUAGGCUGGCCUUGAACUUGGUUCUCUUGUCUCUGUCUCCCUAGUUCUGGGAUUACAGUUUUGUGCUUUGUGCCACUGUAUCCUACAGCACCAUAUCUUAAAAUACCUUUUUCUUUUCUUUUUUUUUUUUUUUUUUUUUUUUUUUUUAAAGACAGGGUCUAUGUAGCUUUGGAUGGCCUAGAAGCCAUAAUGUAGUCUAGGCUGGCCUUGAACUCAGAGUUGAGCCUACCUCUGCUUCCAGAGAGCUGGGAUUAAAGGUGUAUGUCAGUUGACCUGUUCAAAAAAAACAAAACAAAACAAAAAAAAAGCAAGUUCAAGAAUGAGCAAAUUUAUUUUCCUAGUUUCAUGUAGUCAUUAAAUCUUAAAGUGUUUAUUUGAAACAAAUUAGAAAAGUAAAGCCUUAAGAUUUGAACUGA